GUAAAAGUGAUGACGAAGAGAACCUGGACAAAAUGGGAGCAGGAACCAGGAAAGCAUCCGAGGAGAGCAAGGAUCAGAAGAGGCCCAAGCGACCCCGGACAAUCCUGACGACGCAGCAGCGCAGGGCAUUCAAGGCAUCGUUUGAGGUGUCCUCCAAGCCUUGUAGGAAGGUGAGAGAAACAUUAGCGGCGGAGACGGGGCUGAGUGUCCGGGUUGUACAGGUCUGGUUCCAGAAUCAGAGAGCGAAGAUGAAGAAACUGGCAAGACGACAACAGCAGCAGCAGCAAGAUCAACAAAACACACAGCAACUCAGUUCUGCUCAGACAAACAGUGGCAGUAACAUUGGGCUUGAGGGGAUCAUGAAUGCCUACACCACCUUACCGCAGCCCCCACAACCAAUGCUGGCUAUGGAUCAAAGUGUCUACAGCUCGGAUCCCUUCCGGCAAGGACUCACUCCGCCACAGAUGCCCGGGGACCACAUGCACCCCUACGGCGUUGAGCCAUUUCCCCACGACCUUGAUAGUGAUGACACAUCCCUCAGCAACUUGGGUGACUGUUUCUUAGUGACCUCAGAAUCUGGGCCCCUGCAAUCAAGAGUGGGAAACCCCAUUGACCACCUGUAUUCCAUGCAGAGCUCCUAUUUUACAUCUUGA